CAUACCGGCAGUAGAUACAAUGCCGUACCUGUAGUUCCAAUAAGUGGCCAUUCAUGCUUGUCUGUUUGUUCAUCGAGGUGGAAUACAUCUGGAAUGGCUAACUACGUAUAAUCAGUACUGUACUGGUAGAGUAAGAUGGAAGAAGGUCACAGCUGUCUCACGUCUGGAGAAAGAUCUACAAGAGUUGAAACACGGGCAGACAGGCAAGCAGACGUCAAGGAUGAGGAGAAGAAAUUACUGGAUAGCACCAACAUUGGAUCGUCCAGACAUGACACUAGCUGUGAGGAGGGAGAUGUCAGUACAGAGUGCAAGACACUACAGUCAAAUGAGGAAGACACUAGGAGAAGUAACUCUCAUGAGACUGCAGUAGAUGCUGCUGUGCCGGCGACGGAAGUAAGUGGAGCCGACCAUGUUGUGAACGAUGCUGUGGAUGAUGCUGGGACUGAUGAGCAGUACCCGGUCGACAAGGGCUGGGCCUGGAUGAUUGUUGUAGGUUGUUUUGGGAUGCACAUCCUCGCUGUUGGGGGGGUCAAGUCGUUUGGAGUUCUGUUUGUUGAGUUUCAAAACAAGUACAAGACGUCGUCCAAGGCUUUAGCCGGUGUCCAGGCAGUUUCCGCAUCACUCAUGUUGGGAUUAGGUCCGGUGUCUAAUGCUCUUGCGACGAAGUACUCCUGUAGAACCGUGGUGUUGUGUGGUGGUAUUCUAACCUGUGCAGGUUUCGUGUGUUCUGCGUUCAUUCCUUCCUUUGAGUGGCUGUUUGUCACGUACGGGCUAAUGUGUGGAAUUGGAUUUAGCCUGAGCUAUGCCCCUUGUGUGGUAAUGGUUGGCCAUCAUUUUAAAAAGAGACGAUCAUUGGCCAAUGGUAUUUCCACUUCUGGCAGUGGAGUUGGGAGUUUCGCACUUCCGAAUUUAAUGCGGUUCUUGCUGGAUUACUACGGUCUUUUUGGCUCACUCAUCAUCAUUGGUGGUCUCAUGUUAAACAUCUGUGUGUGUGCCUGUCUGUUCCGUCCUUUAUCUAGUUACAAGAAAACAUCAAAAAAUCUCAAACAACACUCUCGAGAAGAUAAAGUCGUCAAAAACACGGCUCAUAUUAUCAAUGCUGAUGUUGAUUCCAAGAAACUAUGUCGGCAUGUUCCUGAGAAAUCUAUUCUGCUUGCGACAAAAAGGAGAUAUUUUUCUCAGGAUUGUACCAAUUUGUCUAAUAGUGAUUCAUCAAUUGAGAAGAAGAAACGUUUACAGAAGUAUUAUUCAGUGGAGAAUAAUCUCCCUCCAGGAUCAGACUCGCCUUUACAGCAUCACUGUGUGCGAUUACUCUCACAAACCGAGUCAAAAAGUGAAACAUCUUUAUAUGCCAGCACCGGCGACUUAAUUCUUGCUUCUUUUCAAAAUAUCCCCGAAACCGAUUCUACCAAAUUGGUAGAAGACGAGAAGUCGCAAAGCCUUUGUUGUUCUUGUUUCCGUUUGUCAAAAAAAUCUGGAAAAACGAAAUCCAGCAUUCCUCUCUUCAACUUCUCUCUCUUACUAAACCCGUUGUUUUUAGUUUACAUUUUCUCUGUGAUGUUCGCCAACUGUGGCUACCCGAACGUCUUCAUGAUGUUACCAUCGUACGCGGAAGUGGAAUACAACAUCGACAAACAGACUGCAGCCUUCCUCGUGUCAAUAGUCGGAUUGUCCGAUUUGAUUGGACGUCUUUUCAUGGGAUGGUUUUCAGAUCUGAAGAUCAUCCGGCGACAUUACAUCUUUCUUGGCAGUAUGGCAAUCAGCGGCGUACUAGACAUUCUUCUUUCAUGCGUGAAUACGAAGGAAAUGCUCUACUUCUUCUGUAGUUCAUUUGGAUUCUUCGCCGGGGCAUACAUCGCCCUCAUUGCAGUGAUGCUGGUCGAUGUUCUCGGGGUGGAAAUGCUGUCCAGUGCCUUUGGCUGGAUGACGGUUGCCAUGUCGGUCGGACUUGGUGGUGGACCGCCUCUUGUAGGUGCUCUGCGUGAUCUGACAAACUCGUGGAACAUGUCGUUUAUAGUGAUCGGUAUCCUCACUGUGUUAGGAGCCGUCAUAGUCAUGCUCGAACCUCUCAUCAGAAUAUGGAGCGAAAAAAGACUGAAAUCAGAGAAGAAACCCGUCGGUGUAGAAAUGACUCAGUUGACUGCUCCAACGGAACUGCUGGAGAAAUAAUCUUCAACACAUUUUGAAUCACUGUUCUGCGAUGGUAAAUGUCACCAUUGUCUGGGGCGAUAUGUAGCCCAGUGGUACAGCGCUCACUAGAUAUAUGCAGUCGGUGUGAGAUCAGUCCCCGUCGGUGGCCACAUUGUGCUAUUUCUCAUUCCAGCCAGUGCACCACGACUGGUUUAUCAGAGGCCAUGGUAUGUACUACCCUGUUUGUAGGAUGGUGCAUA